AUGAAAUCUUCUCAAAUACUGCUCACUCUUUCUGGAUUAGGGUUAGCAAGACUACCGAAUUUGAGUGAAAUAGAAAUUGAGGAAUGCCUUUUGCUGACGGAGAUGGGAGAAGAAUUUGGGAGGAAAGGGUGCUUUCCAAGGCUGCGCAAACUCAAACUGUGGAUGUUACCUUCUCUGGAGAGUCUGUGUAGUUCCGUCGAAGAAGGGUCUCUUCCCAUGUUGCAGACUUUGACUAUAUCCCGCUGUAUGAAAGUUAAAGCACUGCCACAGGGUCUUGGUAAUCUCAAGUCUCUGGAACACAUCAGAGGAGAGAAAGAAUGGUGGAAUGAAAUUAGCUGGCGAAAUGAAGAAAUGAAGAACCAUCUUCAUGCGAAGUACAUGGAAAUCUUAGAAAUCCAUGAUAACUAUCAUGUUUAAAGUGUUGGAAGAAUAUUAGUAAUUUCUGCACUAUUCUGUCUGUUACAGACUAUAUAUAGUCUGCAGAUUUCUCUAUAUUUUCCCCACUAUUCCUAUAGCAUUUAUUUGUCAGUUUUUAAGCUUUUUUAAGGCUCCUCUCCUCCCUUCGUUGCUGUUCUGGAAGUUUUGGGUUUCUGUCUACACUUCUAUUUAUUAGAGGUGUGGUGUAAUGCGUUGAUCUAUCGAAGUCAAUAAAAUCUGUCUGCGUUUUUGUUU